AUGGAGCAGCCAGAAACAACAAUAUCUGGCUCGUCGUCAAGAACAGCGGUCACGACUACCUCGGCCGUUCCAAGGCACCGUUUUCUCUGUCGACCAUGUCUUGGAGGUGAGAUGGUUGAUGCAAAUGGCAGGCUGCUGACGCUCAACGAGUGCGGCAAUGAGGAUCUUUUCUUUGCCGUUCGAGGAGGAGGUGGCUUGACCUUUGGCAUCUUGACCUCGAUAACGAUCCGCGCAUUGGAAUUCCCAAAGGUUCUUGGCCUGCGCUUUUCCAUGCUCACAAGCACAGAUAGUCCCUAA